AACCCCCUGCUUAUUGUGACCUCCAAUCCUCAGCCUCUCCAAAUUUAAAACCCUCAUUUAAUUUCUGUGAACUAAUAACAGGGUUCAUCUCCUCCUCCUCCUCUGCCUCCUCUGAAUCUUGGGCUAAGAGAAAGGAGUCUCCUUUCUCCUUUUGGGUAGGAAGGGUCACACUGAAUUCCACUGAGUGCAAUGAUAGCACUUCAUGGUCAGAACAUGUCAGGCUUGACAAUUGCCCAAAGAGCCCCAUUGCUGCAUUUACACCCCUAUUUAUAUUCUGUGAGGGGCUAGGGGAGCACUGGAGAUGUGGGAGAGUAAAAAGCACAGCCCUACAGAAGCCAAGCUAGCUGGGACCACAGAGCAAAGUCAGAUUCUUACAAAGUUUUUUUGUAGAAGUUCAUUUCAACCCCUCUGUGCCUGUUGUCUUUUGUCAUUAGAUCCCUCCUAUGAUGCAGUCAGGAGAACAGGAUGGGGCAGUAAUGGGAAUUCUGGCCUCUCCAAAAGCCCUCCUGUGGCAGGGACACAAAACGUGAAUAAGACAACGGAGCAGCAGCGGCCCCAGCCAGAUCCCUACCAAAUCCUGGGGCCCACCAGCAGCCGUCUUGCCAAUCCAGGCAGCGGGCAGAUCCAGCUGUGGCAGUUCCUGCUGGAGCUGCUGUCGGACAGCUCCAACGCCACCUGCAUCACCUGGGAGGGCACCAACGGCGAGUUCAAGAUGACAGACCCCGACGAGGUGGCGCGGCGCUGGGGCGAGAGGAAGAGCAAGCCCAACAUGAAUUACGACAAGCUGAGCCGGGCGCUGCGAUACUACUACGACAAGAACAUUAUGACCAAAGUGCAUGGCAAGAGGUAUGCCUACAAAUUUGACUUUCACGGCAUCGCCCAGGCCCUGCAGCCCCACCCCACCGAGUCCUCCAUGUACAAGUACCCGUCGGAUCUGUCCUACAUGCCGUCCUACCAUGCCCACCAGCAGAAGGUGAACUUUGUGCCCCCACACCCCUCCUCCAUGCCUGUCACAUCAUCCAGUUUCUUUGGAGCGGCCUCCCCCUAUUGGACCUCCCCUGCAGGAAGCAUUUACCCCAACCCCAACGUGCCCCGCCACCCCAACGCCCACGUCACACCACACUUGGGCAGCUAUUACUAAAAUGCUUUGAUCUGCCAGUGGCCUUGAGCAGUCUGGUUGGACUUUUUCUUUACUCCUGGGAUUUUUAUGGUGUUUGGGGGGACCCUCAAUGGAUAAUUGUGGCCUUUCUGGGGAAGAAUUAAAACUGGAUAUUUGUUAUUCCUGGACCAAACCUUUUACUUUUGUAACUUUGACUCUUGUGUCUUGAACUGAGAGAUGGAAGCUCCUGUGGGCCAGUACUCAGCGUUUUCUUUGGGGUUUAAGGCUCGUGUCCUCUGUAGGAUAUGACAAUGAAGAUGGUUCACCAUUCCCUGGAAUGAUUAUUAGCUUUUGGAUGAGAGGAAUUUUUAAGGAUUCAAAGGCUUUUGACAAGGCAUAGGUGCAGCAGUGGGUCAUAGGAGAAGAUGACCACAAUGGGUUUUUUCUCACUGGCCAUUUUACCAUUCAGUGGAGGACGUUGGGCUGCAGGGGACCACAACUGGAAUCUUAGCUCUAAGGCAGAGGAGGAUUUUCACCCAACUGGAAAUUAAAUAUAUAUAUAUAUUCAUAUAUAUAUAUAUAUAUAUAUGUACAUGUAUAUUUUAAGAAGUAAAGGGCAUUGAAGGAACUUUUCUAGAGUACAACUUCAUUCAAUUGUGUGUGAACUCAGAAAGCAGCAGAAACCAGAACAAAGCGUGAGGCAAAGUCAAGCACAGACAUUCCUUGAGAGCAGAAGUGAGGAGAAUAAUCGACAGCAGGUCCCUGGCUCUGCCCGAGCCGCGGGCUCUGGAAGCACCGAUUCGCGAACGCUGUGCGUUUGUCAGACCGUCCAAACAAGGGUCAACAAACCAGAAGGCAAAUUACUGUAUAAAUUAUGCAGAGUUAUUUUUCUCUAUAUCUCACAGUUUUAAAGGAAAGAGUAAAUAAAACGAGUUGACCUCGGUCACAAAUGCAGGUUUGUUUUUUUACUAUCAGCUCGGGUUUUUUUGUUUAUUUUUUUAAUGUAAUUUGUACAUCUUUUCAAUCUGUACAUUUGGGCUGUAGCUUUGUACUUUUUGCUAAAAAAAAAAAUAAAAAAUAAGACAUGAGUAAUGUAUCUGUUGGAGAUAGGCUUGGUCCUGCAAUUGGAUCCAUGACUAACCCCCAAAGUGGCCAGAAACCUUCCAGAUUGCCCUGGGUUUGUCUAGAGGAGAGGAUUUUCUGUAUUAGUCUGUUGUAGCUGUCUGCAAAUUAACUCCACUUACUCCCAGGUUUGCAUUGAGACUGAUUGAAAACAGGCCCAACAUCUCCAGGCAGCCAUUGCAAUAUUCUGUGAUUGCUUUUCACCCAAAUCCUGAACUUUGGGAAGAUCUUAAAACCACUUCAUAGAUAAAACAACGAAAUACUCCUCUUUUUGAUGGCUUCUGCUGGGGGUUCUGUGGAAAUCCAACCCCUUCCAGAGCUCUCAGCCAUCCCCAGCUCUGCACAUGUGAAUGUGACGCUGCACAAGCAGCGGUUUGGUGCCAUAAACAGAGGGUAAACCACAAGUGUUUGGGGUUUGGAACAGAUGUCUGGGGGGCGAGAUUUCCAUGUACAACCCAUUAGCUGACUUGUAUUAAGUGGCAGCCAAUUAACAGGAUCACAACUAUCUAGUCUAGACCAACCCCUGGGACUCUGUGGGGGCGGGAUUUGGUCCAUGUGCAUCCGAUUGCAGGAGGGGAGUCUGAAACCAGAGCAUUGGAGUCUGCUCAGAACGUUGAACACAAGCACUGAUGCCAUUAUUUAACACAGUGGGAAGAGAAGAUCAAGCUAAUACAGUUAGGUCUUAGUGCUUUCGGGGUGUUUUUAAGUAACAUUUCUGCAAUAAUCGCAAAGUUUAAGUAUGAAGGAACUACCCAUGGAAAUGGGGCUUUUGCUACUAUAUAUAUGCAAUGUACUUUUUGGAUAUUAAAAUAUAUAUAAUUUUG